AUGCAACAGAAGCGCUGUUCCAAGUGUCGCAAAACUCUGGAUCUUACAGCAGAGUUCUGGGGAGCUCAGUUCCGUGCAGGCGGACCAGAAGCCAAUAAUCGAUGCCGUAAAUGCUGUGGUAAUGAUGCGCGGGCCUUCCGGGAAAAGAAGGGAGGUAAAGAAAGCGAGGAUAGCGAGGAUGCGGCUCCCUUCUUUAAUGCGGAACCCGUAUCGACAUCGGCCUUCUUGCAGAUGUUGAAGCCCGAUGUCCAUCAGCUGAUUGCUCUCGUGGACAUUGCUUCUCUCAUACACGACAUCAGUCUGCGGGACACGCGCACGACCGAUGUCACGGAGUAUCAACCCGUAAUGGAUCACAUCGCAUCGCUGGUCUGGGAGCAAACAAACUACCGCUUCACGUACAAGGACUCGAAAUUCUUCGACGAUACCACGCGUUUCCGAUACACGUGUUGUCAAGAUGCUAAACGUCAGAAUGCAUCGAAGAAAAUCCCUGAUCCGAGCAAACAGCGGAACAAGGCUAAGAUGGAAACGUUCGACUGCGAUGGUACCCUCACAAUUUGGGCAGACGGAAAGCAAUCAUCGUGCUUUAUUCGGUAUCAGCACAAGGAGCCGCAUAAGAAGUACCAGUGUAUCGACAUUCCCCCGGAGAUCAUCAAACUCAUCAAGGAACGAUCAAAUAUGCGUGGACCACAGGUCUGGAAGGAAAUUCUGAAGGUCACUCCCCAGCCAAAAUUCACGUACCAGCAAAUCUACAACCAUUUACUUGCAAUGAACGGGAAAGCGUGGCGACUCCGCGAGAAUGAAGAAGAAUCCGCUGCACUGUUAUUUGAACAGCUGUGCCAGAAGAGACCGGAGUGUGCACCGGUGUUCGAACGGAUCGAACUUCCUAAGGACCCGAGUGAUGGGUACUCGGCAUUUGCGUUUUCCUUGCCGACACUCAUCAAGAAAUGGCAAGGCUGUAUAUCCGAGGUUCAGCUCGAUUCAACAUUCAAAACGAACAAAGCCGGAUACGAGUGCUUCGCUCUGAUGGGCGAGGUCUUUGGUUCGGGUCUCCCUCUCGGUUUUUUGCUCAUCAAAUCCAAUGGCAGUCCUAAGCCGGGUUCGAAGGAGCUCUAUCUUCGUGCCCUGAUUCGUGACAUUACAAUGAACUGGGACAUCAAACCGAUACAGACGCUGAGCGACAAGGACAUCACGGAAAUUAAUGCGUUUCUUGGCGAGCUCCCGGGCAACGUAAAACACCAACUUUGCUAUUGGCAUGGUAUCAGGGUACUGCGUGGUCACCUCGCUACAACGAGUCGACCGCCAGCACACUAUGACGCACCUCGAGCAUUUCAAGAGUUUGAUUUUAUUGACAAGAAAUUUCUCCCCGUGGCGCAGAUACCGCCCGAGGAUCGGGCUAAUGUGACCGUGGCCCGGGAAAUGAUUCCCACGGUUCAACUCCGUUUCAACGGCUCCUUGAUUCCAAGUGUGCCUGAAAGACCCAAAAUCAUCAUUCGGCUUGACGGGCACAUUCACGACAUCUUGCGGAGUCUUGACGAGUCCGAGGACUUGCUGGACAUCCUGGAUGACGAGGACGAGUUUGCUGAGCAUCUGGGUGACGAUCUCGAUGCAAUUGAUCGCCUGGAAGCUGCCGAGUCAUGGCUGGAACCCGGAGACGAGCCUAUUGGCACGGCUUUCAGCACUGGUGGAUCCACUAUACCUUAA